AUGAGGAGAAAUCCCAGAAGACAGUGUCGCGUUGCCGAAUGUGACCUCGCACGCCCAACACCUUCGCGGCCUGCUCUGGUCUGCGCCACGACGGGGGACUGUAUACCUGUUGCUCCCCCAGCCCUGAUGACAUCCAGUGGCGCAGCCAUCGUCGGGCCGCCUUUGCCGGCCACUUCGUCUACAACACCGAUGAGGAGUGGCCGCCCACCACCGGCUCGCUUGGAAUCCUCGGGGGUUAAUCCCCCGCCUACGGCUCCCGCAACCGGUGGUGUAGUGCGCCGCAUGAGAUGGCAUUUAUUAAAUGAAAGUGUCAUGCGGGCCUACUUCGGGGCGACAGAGGGUGGAACCAACCUAACAGCGUAUCGGCCUAAAAUGCUGUCUUUGUUUCAGACCCUUCACCCAAGUGUGUCUGUGACUGCCCAACGUCUAUCGGAUCAAGUGCGGGUCAUACAACGGCGUCAUCUGUUAGAUGACUCUGUACUUGAGCGACUCCGUCACGAAGCGCGACCCCUUCACAAUGCAGCUGAAGUACGUAAUGUUGCACCUGUGGCCCCCGUGGCUGCUGAUGUGCUAACGGAACCACCAAGUGAAGAGGUUUGUGUUAGUGAUCAGGAUAUUGAGCGUUUGAGGAGAACUUUGGAAGAUGUGAUUUUGAAUUAUAGAUCCUUAUCAAUCAGUGACCGUCCUCGCUUACCGCGAUUGCCCAUUAACAAGCGGAAUAUAUGUAUUGUAAAUGCUGUAGACCGCUUGUUAUCUCCGUAUGUGGAUUCUAGUCUAGAUUUAUGCGAUACCCAUUCAAUUCUCUAUUGUGGGGCACUGACUGCAUGUCGGGUGGCUGGAGUGGGGAUUAUAAAUCUCAAUUCAGGUUCCCGUCGUGGAGAAGCUCGCCCCGUAUGGCAGUGCAGAAUUGAACGGCGCAUAAAUGUAGCUAGAAGGCUCAUAGCGAAGCUUCUUUGUUUUCGGGCGGGUAAUAACCGCCCAAAGGUUAUGCGUUUCGUGACUCAGGCGUUUGCUGGGACUGGUAUCACGUCCAAUGAAUAUAUGCUAAGAGUCAUGGAACGCAUAGACUUCUGGAAACAAAAAGUGUUCGCAUGGGCUAAUCGCCUAAGAAGGUAUAAAGAAAGAUCUGAGAGAUUUAUUCAAAAUCGCAUAUUCCAGAGAGAUCAGAGGUGUAUUUACCGUAUCUGGGAGCAACCACAAAGCCAGGGACUUGAUUUACAGCGACCAGAUGCUACUGUGACUACUGCGUUUUGGAGCGGUAUCUGGUCGGUGCCAAUCGAGCACACUGAAGGCGAGUGGUUGAAUGUUGUCAGACGCUCGUGUGAAGCGGUUACCGAAAUGGAACCUGUAGUUAUUACUGGUUCUGACAUAAGUGCUGCAGUUCGUUCGGUUCCUAAUUGGAAAAGUCCGGGCCCGGACGGACUGCAGAACUUUUGGCUAAAAUGGUUCCGAAGUUCGCAUGAGCGCCUAGCAGCUCAAUUUCAAUUGGCAAUAGAAUUAGGCACGCUCCCAGAUUUCAUGACAUCUGGUAUAACACAUCUGAUCUAUAAAUCUGGACGUUCUACGGACCCUAAGAAUUACAGACCAAUAACAUGCUUGCCUACCAUCUACAAGCUCCUUACAUCCAUUCUGAGAAUCAAAAUUGAAGCACAUAUUUGUACAAAUAACGUUUUGUCAGCAACUCAGAAUGGAUGUAAGGUUGGGUCCCGUGGUACCAAAGAUUGCCUCCUCAUUGAUAUGGCUAUUUGCCAACAGGUUAGACGAAGUAAAAAGAACAUUUCUAUGGCCUGGAUUGAUUACAAGAAGGCUUAUGAUUCGGUGCCCCAUGGAUGGUUAAGUAAAGUGCUGGAAGUGUAUAAAAUACAUCCUACACUUCGCACUUUCCUUAACUCAUGCAUGGGACAGUGGACCACAAGCUUUUCCAAUCCAGGGCAGGGAAACCUUUCUACUUCCUCUAGCCGGAUUGGAAUCCGGCGUGGCAUCUUUCAAGGUGAUAGUCUGAGUCCAUUGUGGUUUUGCUUGGCUCUGAACCCUUUAAGCACACUGCUAAAGAGUUCAGAGCUAGGUUACCGUCUACGUAGAGGGGGCGAGAUCAUAUCACACCUUUUGUACAUGGAUGACCUCAAGUUGUACGCAUCGAAGAAGUCUGACUUAAUGACUUUGCUUAAAAUUACCGACGAUUUUAGCAGAGCCAUUGGUAUGACGUUUGGAGUGGACAAAUGUGCGGUCAUAAAUGUACAAAAGGGGAAGGUUGUAGCUUCUGAGAAUCUACAGCUUACUCAGGAUGUGUCCCUCGUUUCCCUCUCGGAGAAUGAAAGCUACAAAUAUCUCGGUAUGUCGGAAGCAUUAGGUAUUAAUGACAAAGGUAUGAAACAACUGGUGAAAGAACGGUUCUUUUGCCGCCUGAAAAAAGUUCUAAAAAGUCUUUUAUCGGGUGGGAACAAGUGCCGUGCUUUUAACAGCUGGGUCAUGCCAGUCCUAGCCUACUCUUUUGGCAUACUGAGAUGGUCGCAGACAGAACUGGAUGCCUUGGAUAGAAAAGUUCGUCGAUUGCUUACAGCAUACCGGAUGCAUCAUCCACGUUCGUCUGUAAUGAGGUUAUACAUCCCGCGGAAACAUGGGGGUCGUGGCUAUUUAAAUGCCAAGACCCUGCAUAACCGCGAGGUGUACAAUCUUAGGGAAUAUUUCCUUAAGGUGAACGUGGGAAUGUAUCAAGAUGUUGUAGCAAUGGACAAAGGAGUCACGCCGCUUUCCUUGGCUACCACGAAUUGGCGAAGGUUACCGGUACUAAGUGUCUCGGACCGCAUUAGUGUAUGGAAGAGCAAGGAGUUACACGGUAGGUUCCAUCGCGCCUUAACAGGGCCUGAUGUGGACCAAUUAUCCUCCGUGGCUUGGCUGCGCUUCAGCAACCUCUUUGGGGAAACUGAAGGUUUUGUCUUUGCAAUCAUGGACGAAGUCAUCGUAACGAACAACUACCGAAAACAUAUUCUAAAGGAUGGUACGAUUGACAUUUGUCGGGCAUGUCGUCGUCCCGGUGAGUCUAUUAGACAUAUCGUUUCCGGUUGUUCUCGACUUGCGGACGGUGCAUACUUGCAUAGACACAACCAAGUGGCCAAGAUUAUCCAUCAGCAACUUGCCCUUAAAUAUGCUCUUGUGGAUACUGAGGUACCUUAUUACCAAUACCAACCUUCACCUGUUCUGGAAAAUAGCUAUAUCACGCUCUACUGGGAUCGAUCUAUUAUUACAGAUAGGACUAUUACUGCCAAUAGACCCGAUAUAGUAAUAAUAGACCGGUCUGAGGGUUGUGUAAUGUUAGUCGAUGUCACUAUUCCACAUGACGAGAAUCUCGUGAAAGCUGAAAAAGAAAAAUUACUAAAAUAUUUAGACUUGGCUCACGAGAUUACCGCCAUGUGGCGACUCAAGGGUUCUCUUAACAGGGAUAGUGGUCAAGCGCUUGUUUUCACACUAUAA